AUGUCGCAACCUACAGAUGAGGCUGAUAAGAGUACCGGCAAUGCCCAAGUAACACACGAGUCCAUCAACUUUGCCAACUUCAACCAAGAUUCCACUUGCGUAUCAGUUGGCUACCAGUCCGGAUACAAGAUAUUUAACGUUGAACCGUUCACAAAAUGCCUCAGCCUUGCUGAUACUAGCAUAGGCAUAGUUGAGAUGCUCUUCUCCUCGUCCCUAGUGGCCAUUGUUGGCUUAGGAGAACUACCUGACUCUUCACCAAGAAAACUCAAAGUAUUCAACACAAAACGUAGAUCGAUCAUAUGUGAACUGACUUUUCCAACAAGUAUUCUCGCUGUGAAGAUGAACAGAGAACGAAUGGUUGUGCUAUUGGAAGACACUAUUUAUAUUUAUGAUAUUAACACUAUGAGGAUUUUACACACUAUAGAGACCCCAAGCAAUCCAGAGGGCUUGAUCGCCCUCUCCUCCUCCACAGAAAACAAUAUACUAGCUUAUCCCUCUCCUCCAAAACUUCCAAACAGGCAAGAAACUUCCACAAAAGGAACCACCAAUGACAACGAUAGAUCUCAUUUGGAAAACAUCCCCGAAAAUGUCAACGCAAACUCUUCAAAUCUGAGAAAUGGGGAUGUGAUCAUAUUUAAUUCUCACACUUUACAACCCAUAUCCGUCAUUGAAGCCCAUAAGGCCCAAUUGUCAGCUAUUGCGCUAAGCAGUGAUGGUACACUACUAGCAACUGCCUCAAAUAAAGGUACCAUAGUCAGGGUGUUUGAUGUGGAAACUGGUGUCAAAUUGUAUCAGUUCCGAAGAGGCACUUACCCCACAAAGAUCUAUUGUCUAUCUUUCAGUCAGGACAAUCGGUUUGUAUGCGCUAGCUCUGCCACCGAGACCGUUCAUAUUUUCCGCUUGGGUCAGGAUGAAGCUAAUAAUACCAUGCCAUCUCGGUGGAGUAAAAAUCAGAAGCUGGCUUUGCAACGGUACAAGCAAAGUAUGAAACAAAAACAAGGCUCCAAACCAUCCAGUUUGGUAGAUUCAGACUCAGAUCCAGAUGUUGAUGAAUUGGUGGAGAAUGAUAACUCGGAUGAUGAUGAAUUGGAAGAAGACAUCGAUGACGAACUGGCUGAAGAAAGAUUCAAUUCAUCGUUAACGGUGCCUAGAAGGGUAUCCUCAACCACCUCUCUUGGCUCAUAUGGAAGUCAAGAAAGUAUUGGCGAUAAGAUCGAGCCUCAUGUGGAUAGUGCCAGGAGAAGUGUUGCACGGAUGAUUAGAAGAACUUCUCAAAGCCUCGGAAGAAAAGCUGCAGAGAAAAUGGGUCCCUAUCUUCAUCCUAAGUUCUCAUCUUUACUGGAACCCAAUCGACACUUUGCGUCGCUAAAAGUUCCUGCAUCGAAGGAUACGAAGACAGUAGUUGCUAUUGGGAACAGUGUCGGCCAAGGAGAGCUACUUCAAUUGGGUGAGCACGAAGAUGUCGACAAUUCGAGUAGCACGUCGGAUUCCACCUUUCAUCAAAAGCUUCUUCAUGUUAUGGUUGUUAGUUCUGAGGGUUUUUUUUACAACUUUGGUCUAGACACUGAGAGAGGGGGUGAUUGUACACUAUUGAGUCAAUAUUCGUUGCUGACUGAUGUCAAUGACGGGUAA